GACAAAUUUGACUCCUAUUCCUGUCGACGAGACCAUAAUAUUCCUCUAAUAAGCGGCGUUGAUACUAUAUCAUAUUUUUGACGAACACUGCCUUUCCCUCUUUCCAAAGAGACGAACAAUAGAACAAAAAUGAAUUCCAUUGAAGCCCGAAGUUCAACCCAGGUUUCCUAUCCGCUAUCUCCUCCUCAGAUAUAUCAUGACUCUAAUCCAACGACAAUGCAGAACAUACCACUAGAGUUGUUUGAGGUAAUCUGGGAGAUGGCAGACACCGGUGUACCUCGAAAUGUUCCUGUAAGCUGCAGACAUGUCGGAGAUACUUUCGAGAUAUACAGUGCAAAGGUAACGUCCAAUAUCACAGCAUUGAGCGUUCAUUGGAGAUCGAGGCAGUGGGCAAAAACGGAGAAUAAUGUAGCCAAACUUUUGCGGCGUAAGGGAUACAAGGGACCUCUCGACCAGAUUCGCUCGCUUUACUUCAAUCCGAGACGCGACCGAAUCUGCCCAGUCAAUGAGAUGUUGUGGACACCCAAAGCUUUUGAGCUUCUUCUUUGGGUCAUGAAUGCUACUGGAUUAAAGCGAGUCGCAGUCAGUGAUUGUUCCCACUUAACAGCCAAUCUCAAUAAUCCAUGGGAAUUGUUCUUCUGGUGGUCGAACACCGAGAAGUGGAGCUCGACUUUUAGAGAGAUAUCGAUGUACACAACGAAGUUUAAUAUUGAUGUAAAACAAAGGACAACGUUUGUUGGAUGGGCUGGGGUAGAUCUCGAGCUCAGUUUACACCAGAAGCAGCGCCGCAACCUUCAGAUCUUAAAGUCUCGAAUUGCUUCCAGGAAAAUUCAAGACGCUAGGGAAAAACAAGCCUUGGCAGAUGAUAUCGCAGAGAAAGAGAGAAAGACUAGAACUAAGUUGGAUGAGGUACCCACUUGGUUGUAUGAGAGUUUACAUGAGACAGGCGAUUUUAAUCUUCGGAUGAUGGUUGAGGUUGGCUCGCUUGAUCCUCGGGCUCAAAAUGUCAUAGAUGAUACCAGCGAUGACGAUGAUAGUGAUGAUGACGAUAAUUCGGAUGAUUCCAACGAUGCGAAUAACCUGAAUGACGAGAGCGAAGAGAAGACAGAUAUUGACGAGGAACCAGAGGAGGAUGAUGUUACGCCGAGUAACAUAUUCCGCAUCACAUGACUAAUCACGGGACCAGCAUCGUCAUGUGACCGGCUCUAAGGGAUCCUCUAGAGCCAGCGGCUCUCGAGAAUCUAAUUAGAGUUAUUAAAGCCAGAACAUGAAGAUCUAUAUAAUCAGGAUGGAUUUCGUUAUUGUAGAGUUUCAUACUCAAGAUCAAUCAUUUAGUAUAAUCUAUUAUUAGUUAUGAAUUGCAAUCAUAUCGUUGUUACUUAAGUCCCUGCUUGACGCCUAGUAAUAAA